CAGAACACACACCACAGCCUCCACACGCCUCAUCUCCUCAAACCAGAGCGAGAGGACCAGGGAGAGGGAGAGGGAGGGUACAGGUGACUGGUGAACAGCAGCAUCACUCAGAGGCAUCUCCCUCACUGGGGGAGAGAGGGAGAAAGAGGUGGGGAGAGGAGAAGUGGGAAGAGUGAGGAGAAAAGCGAGAGAGAGCUCAGCAGUAAGAGAAAUAAGUUUUUAGUUGGAGGGAGGACAAGCAAGGGAGUUUGGAGUGAGGGAGUGUGGUGGGUGGCAGUGGGGGGGACUGGAAGCUUCAUUUUCCCAUUUCUUUUUAAUCGGCUGUGAGCACCGCCUGCCUCCUCUCUUCUCCUAGUCCCCUCCGUCUCCUCCUCCUCCUCCUCCUCCUCCUCUUCUUCCUCCUCUCUGCUCCUCUUCUCAUCCCGACUCUCUCCCAGCUCCCGCCGUGGGGUCUCAGCUCUCCGUCUCCCUCCCCCCCUCCCUCGCUCCCUACCUCCCCCGGGCCCUCCUGGGAGCCUCCGGGCUGCUGCGCCGCAGGAGGAUGUCUCGCAGGGAGUCUCCGCCGCCACCUUCGCCACCUCCACCUCCGCAGCUGCUGGGAGUGCGGAGAGGGGAGGUAGAGUGCGAAGAUCGUCCGGAGCGCGCCGAGCCGCUGUCUGAUGCUGAGAGGGAGAUCAUCCAGGACACGUGGGGGCAAGUCUACAAGAACUGUGAGGACGUGGGAGUGUCUGUGCUCAUAAGGUUCUUUGUCAACUUCCCAUCGGCCAAACAGUACUUCAGCCAGUUCCAGGACAUGGAGGAUCCUGAUGAGAUGGAGCGAAGCAGCCAGCUUCGGCACCAUGCCCGCAGGGUAAUGAACGCCAUCAAUACUGUGGUGGAGAACCUCCAUGACCCAGAGAAGGUGUCGUCAGUGCUGGCUUUGGUGGGAAAGGCCCAUGCCCUCAAACACAAGGUGGAACCCAUGUACUUCAAGAUUUUGAGCGGUGUGAUGCUGGAGGUGUUAUCUGAAGAUUUCCCAGAGUUCUUCACAGCAGAGGUGCAGAUGGUGUGGACCAAACUGAUGGGAGCGGUGUACUGGCAUGUGACGGGGGCCUACACAGAGGUUGGCUGGCUCCAGGUCUCCAGCUCAGCAGUGUGAAGAGUUUGGAAGAAGAAGAGAAGAUAAAGGAAUUCCAAUUGCAAGGAGUUCUGUGAGGAUGGUUUCACAGACAUGGAUAAGAUUAAUGUGGUAAUCCGUGCAACUCUGUACUUUAUUUUGGUGCCAUUUUGGUGCUGAGCAUUUAUUGCUGUGGUGUUUCUGUAUCACAACACAAUCCAGAAAUCACUUGGAUGCCAAACAAUGUAGCCAGGCAACAUUUUACUUUUAUGAAGAUUUAGCUAGUUUAUGUGGUGCUUUGGGCCUGUGCCAUGUAGGGUGUCACUGCUAAUGCUAUCCAGUUCUUCUACUGUUUAUUUUAUUUUAUUUUAUUUUUUUAAAAUGUAUUUAUAACAAAUUGUUGCUGCCAAAAGCAUCACUUCAAAACAUCACUUCCUAUGUGGCAUGGGAUCAUUCCCACUAAACAGCUACCAAGUGCUCAGAAAAGCAAAUCCAAAAGCUUUCAUAAAAUUGUAGAUUAAGUUACUGUUCUGUUACAUUCGCUGAUAAUUGACCCUUCACUAAACCCUGUUCGCCUUAGUUACUGUUGCUAGGCCCCUCAAGCUUUUGAAUCUUGUUGUCAAUGAUAAUGGUGGCAAAUUAGCAAUACAAGAUUCUCAGUAAAUUUUGUAACAAUCCUCGACGUUCCUUGAUUUUUGCAGGUUUCAGUAGCUAGUUAAUUAAUGUUAGCUAAGUAAGUUAUCCAUGAAAGCAUCUUAAAUAAGCACUUGAAGGCUCCAAAACAGAUAUUUGCUAUUUUGCUAAAAGAUUAAAGCUACAUAUCCCAAAUAAACAGAAGAACAGUAUUUUUAUUUAUUUGUAUUUUUUGUUGUAUGAUAGCAAGUGUGGGUACUACACACUGAACUUUUGUUUUUCAUAACCUGUGACCACACAAAGUUACUCAUAUAGUUUACCGUAUGUUAACGUUAUGUUGGACAGUUGUUUUUCGUGGUUUGGGUUUUAGUGAAUGGUCAGCUUGGGAUGGCAGAAAUAUUAAUUUAUUUAUAUCAAAACGUUGCCGAUUAUUACUUUACAGAGUUCAUUUCUGUGGAAACCUAAAGCGAGAGGAGCAUCUUCCAGCUCAGCUGCACAAAUGAAUACACCUCAUGAUAUUUUGAAAGAGAGAUAAAGAAAUGUUUAAAUGAUUUUUAAGCUCUGAGACGGGGGCAGUUAGUUGUUGAAGCCCUGACUAUGGGACCAUGGAGCUGCUGACUGUUAAUAGAUUCUCUUUGUGUCCUACUACAGUAUAUCCUCAUAUACAGGGGACAUAAGCCCCUUUCUCUCUCUAUUGAUGCAUUGUGUGCUCUUAAUGUCUUGUUUAACUUUACAGAGGUGUUGUUUGUAUUAGUGUACAGUGGGCAAGUGUGCAUACUCUUCUGCCUUUGUUUACAACUCAUUGACACGUUUAUCUUUUAACGUGUUAAAGAGGGCUGUUUUUUCUUUGCUAAAAGUCUCAGACUAGCGGCAAUGCUUUUUUUUAUUUGCCCACAACGUUCAUUACAAAAACUUACAACAUCGUGAAAGUAAAAUGGAAAAUAUCAGCAGGUGGACGCAAUCAGCAACUACACAUACACAUCCCCACACAGACCUGCUAUAAGACCUCCCCUACACUAAUAUUUACAGGACUGUCAGUUAGUUUACAUCUUCAAAACCCCAUCAGAGAGACGUGCUCCAUUAAGAGCUUUAAAAAGUCGCUCUGGAGGUCUACGAAAAACAUUUCAGUUUUAGAAGUGCCAUCAGUCGGUUUCCUUAUAUCACUGAACACAGGUUUUUCCUCACAGUUUCUCUCUAAACUCAUGCAGACAUCAUGUUCAGUUUGUUCAGUCCUCAAACAUGCCACAUGCUGUCAAACUAACUUUCUUUACCUUACUUAACCUCAUCUUCUUUCUCACCUGCACUUCAGUAAUCACAGUCGCUGGACUGUGUGCACUCCUGCUCACAGUCCCCAUCUGCAAGUCUCUCUCUAGUCAAUUCCCAAACAUACACGGCAAAUCUGUUUAGGAUGGACAUUUGAUCCAAUCUUCAGUUUGCAUCUGCUCCAGUGACGUCCUAUAUCUCCCAUCUGACCCCCCUUGGCAUCGGCAUCUGGCAUUAAUGAGGAAGUAAUGAGUCUCCUCUCCUCCUCAUUUGGUCAUUCAUCUACUGUAACUUUCCAUUGCCUCCGUUAGGACCGCGUCACUGAGAACAAAAACAAUUAUGACUGGACAGAUGGUCUUAACCAUUCACAACAAUGCUUUCUUGAAAUCUCUUUCAUAGAUUCAUACAUCAUCAUUACGGAAAUAAGUUUAGCAUAGUUGCACUUGAGAAAAAAUAUCAGAAAUAAAAAAACCUUUAUCUAAUGUUUUAAGUUACUUCCUUUACACGUUAUGCCUUGAGUUAAACCAGUCGUGUCUAAAGUUUAUCUAACGUGCCACACAAAAUGCCCAUUAACAUGUAAAUUUACUGAAUUUGUAUAAGCCAGGAAGAAUAUUGGGGAAACUAAAAGAAAAAAAAUAUGGCUUUAUACUUGGCUGAAAUAGGGAAUUUGUUGUAUCAAUAAAAACAAAAUAUAUGAUACGCUUUAUAUAACAUUUGGAAUCACAGGUGGAUGGAAAUAUGAAUUAAUUGACAUUUUCCUUUGCUGUUUUUUUUUUAACCUACAUCUAAACUACUGGUAUUAGAGUUAUUCUUGCAUUUUCUGUGAGUUACAACAUAAUUACCUUGCUAUGAGUAAAAGGGGAAACAAUUGUUUUGUUUGAGAUAAGAUAAUUUAACUUGUGCUCUUGAAAUAAUUGAAGCAACACAACCAGAGACACUCUGGCUUUAGUGUCUAUAAAACCGGCCAUUGCAAGUUUCCCAAGAAUUCUCAUUAACUGAGUUCCUUUUCAAGUUGAACUGGAGAGUCGUAAGCCUAUGUCACACAGUGAUACGUCAGACAAGUGGAUAAAAAUA